UAAAAGAUAAAAUAUAAUUACACACUCACACAGUAUAUAAGAUCAUGAGAUGGCAUAAUAUUCUGUUCUGGCGUUGUCCACGACCACUGUCUUCACCACCACCUCAUUGAUACCAUAAAACACACCACACCAUUUUCUUCUCAAUUAUUUCGCACCUUUCCUCUUCACAUCUCCCUGGACAAGGUGAAGCUGUUUGAUUCUGUGAAGGAGACCACGUUAGUAAAAGUAUAACUACUGCUUUUUGGGACGAUGUUAGGAGGAGAAAAUGGAAGUACAAAAUUUUCUCUUUUUAUUGAUGAAAAUCGCUUACAGUAUCCUGCCAUUGGAUCAAGUCAGCUGCAGCUGUUUGGAAAUACAGCCGGAUAUUCUGCUGAUCCAGGUAAUAUUUCGGCAAGGGAGCAUAAUAAUGCUACAUUUGGGCCUAACAAACGAGGAAGGAAAGGAGAAUCUUUGUCUAGGCGGCAAAAGCUUCACUUCUCCUUAAAUCAGGGACCAUAUCAUGAUGAAUGUGAACUAGCUACAUGCUUUCCAGUUCAGAAUCCUGUAUCCACUGGUCUAAGAUUGUCUUAUGACGAUGACGAGCGGAACUCCUCAGUCACUUCUGCUAGUGGAGGCAUGACGGCUUCACCACCUGUCAUUUUGUCUCUUGAAGAAAACCUUUUAAAUGAACUUAAUCAACAGAAAAAGGAAUUUGAUCAGUAUAUCAAGAUUCAGGAAGAAAACCUUGUAAAAGGUUUAAAGGAUAUCACGCAGAGGCAGAUGGCAUCUUUUUUGGCAGCUAUUGAGAAAACUGUGGCUAAAAAAUUGCACGACAAAGACAUUGAGAUAGAAAACAUAACUGGCAAGAACAGGGAACUAAUCGAGAGAAUAAAACAGGUAGCAGCUGAUACCCAGGGUUGGCACCACAGGGCCAAGUACAAUGAGUCCCUCGUUAACAUGCUCCAAUCCAAUCUCCAACAAGCAAUAUCACAAGGUGCUGAACCGAUGAAGGAAGGAUUCGGGGAAAGUAAUAUUGACGAUACUGCCUCGUACAUUGACCCGACCCACUCUCUUUGCAUUCCCAGUAUCCCAGUAAAGAAGUCUUCGGGAAACGACUCUAAUAUGAUUUGUAGAGUGUGCAACAUGAAGGAGGUUUCUUUCUUGUUGAUGCCUUGUAGGCACUUGUGUUUGUGUAGUAAUUGUGAAGGAAUGGUCUUCUCUUGUCCAGUGUGUCGGUUAACAAAAACCGCUGGUGUUCAGGUUUACUUGUCAUAGAUAUGAAUCAUAUGAACUCUACAAGGAAAGAUUAUCAAUUUUAGUGAACAUGUCUUUCCAUGUAACUAUGAAAUGUAUGUCCAUGACUUGUAAGUUGUUGCUUGAAAUGGAGUCUCAUUAUCUAGUUGAUAUUGUUUUUUGAA